AUGAGUGCUGCUUUCGCAAGGAGGGCUGCCUUCUCAGUGAGUGCUGCCUUUGCAGGGAGUGCUGCCUUCGCAAGGAGUGGUGCCUUCGCAAGGAGUGCUGCCUUCGCAGGGAGUGCUGCAUCUGCAAGGAGUGCUGCCUUCGUAAGAUGUGCUGCCUUCGCAAGGAGUGUUGCCUUCGCAAGGAGUGCUGCCUUCGCUAGGAGUGCUGCCUUCGCAACGAGGGCUGCCUUUGUAGGGAGUGCUGUCUCCGCACGGGGUUUUGCCUUCGCCAGGAGUGCUGCCUUUGCAAGGAGUGCUGCCUUCGCAACGAGAAAUGCCUUCGCAAGGAGUGCUGCCUUCGCGAGGAGUGCUGCCUUCGCAAUGAGGGCUGCCUUUGCAGGGAGUGCUGCCUUUGCACAAAGUGCUGCCUCCGCAAGGAGUGCUGCCUUUGCAUGGUCUGUUGCCUUCGCAAGGAGUGCUGCCUUUGCAAGGAGUGCUGCCUUCGCAAGGAGUGCUGCCUUCGCUAGAAGUGCUGCCUUCGCUAGGAGUGCAGCCUUCGCAAGGAGUGCUGCCUACGCAGGGAGUGCUGCCUACGCAGGGAGUGCUGCCUUCGCAAGGAGAAAUGCCUUCGCAAGGAGUGCUGCCUUCGCGAGGAGUGCUGCCUUCGCAAUGAGGGCUGCCUUUGCAGGGAGUGCUGCCUUUGCACAAAGUGCUGCCUCCGCAAGGAGUGCUGCCUUUGCAUGGUCUGUUGCCUUCGCAAGGAGUGCUGCCUUUGCAAGGAGUGCUGCCUUCGCAAGGAGUGCUGCCUUCGCUAGAAGUGCUGCCUUCGCUAGGAGUGCAGCCUUCGCAAGGAGUGCUGCCUACGCAGGGAGUGCUGCCUACGCAGGGAGUGCUGCCUUCGCAAGGAGAGCUGCCUUUGCAAGGAGUGCUGCCUUCAGUGCUGCCUUCGCAAGGAGUGCAGCCUUCACAAGGAGUGCAGCCUUCACAAGGAGUGCUGCCUCCGCAAGGAGUGCUGCCUUUGCAUGGACUGUUGCCUUCGCAAGGAGUGCUGCCUUUGCAAGGAGUGCUGCCUUUGCAAGGAGUGCUGCCUUUGCAAGGAGUGCUGCCUUCGCUAGGAGUGCUGCCUUCGCUAGGAGUGCUGCCUUCGCUAGGAGUGCUGCCUUCGCGGGGAGUGCUGCCUACGCAGGAGUGCUGCCUUUGCACAUAGUGCUGCCUCCGCAAGGAGUGCUCCCUUUGCAUGAACUGUUGCCUUCGCAAGGAGUGCUGCCUUCGCAAGGAGUGCUGCCUUUGCAAGGAGUGUUGCCUUCGCUAGGAGUGCUGCCUUCGCUAGGAGUGCUGCCUUCGCAGGGAGUGCUGCCUACGCAGGGAGUGCAGCCUUCGCAAGGAGAGCUGCCUUCGCAAGGAAAGCUGCUCUUCCAAGGAGUGCUGCCUUCCAAGGAGUGCUGCCUUCGCUAG